ACUGGCAGCUAGCAGUGACACUUUUUGUGGCACCGCCGGAUGCCACGGUUAAUGCCACUGUUUGUGCCACUAGCAGUGACACUUUUUGUGGCACCGAAGCAUCCGCACUUGACUUAGCCUAUCGCUGUGUUACGGAAGUAGACACGCAUGCGCACUCACGUACUGCUGACUGAACUCCGGUCGAUAUCUAUGGAUAGCAGGCAGGCCAAGCGGCGUAUCGGCGUACCCAUAGAUACCGGUGGAAGAGCGGCGUACCGCCAGCAGAUCUUUUCCCGGAACUGCGUUCCGCCACCAGAUCUUUUGCCGGUACGCAGUUCCGGACCGUUCCGGCUUACUUUCACCCCUGAUGGCAUCUCCCUCGGACAGCUGAAUAAACCAUGGCAUCUCGCCCAAACAGCGUGGGUGGCGCCAUAUCAUUCAUCAAACAGUCUGCUCAGUCAACUCACGUGUGGACAGUUUCCUGUUAGGGGGGUAAUCUGAUCAACACGCUAUAUGUCCUGUUUCGAAGAGUUUCUAAGCUAUGGAUGAAUUACCUGCGGACCUCAAAGCUUUUCUUCUUAAUCACCCGUUUCUUCAGCUUACGGAUGCUAAAAAGAUCAAAUGCACUCUGAACGGCCACGAGUUUCCUUGCAACCUGACGGAGCUACAGAAGUUCACAACAGGGAAGAAAUAUGAGAAACUGAGUGCAGCAGCAGAGUUCAACUAUAGCCAAUAUGAGCCACACAUUGUUCCAAGCACAAAGCAACCCAAUCAGCUCUUCUGUAAGCUGACCCUCCGACAUCUCAACCGACAGCCGCACCACGUCCUAAGACAUGUUAAUGGAAAACGUUUCAAGAAAGGCCUCUCUAAAUAUGAAGACUGUGUGAAACAGGGGAUUGAAUACGUUCCUGCCAGACUGAAACAGAAAAGACCCAAAGACACCAGAGAGGAGGUCAGUCGGGGGAAGCCCUCGAAACGUGGAAACGACUUGUGGGAACCGUCGUCCAGUGAAGAGGAUCACAGUGACUCAGAAGACAGCAUGAGUGACCUCUAUCCUCCUUCUAUGUUCAGUUUAAAAAACCCAGCAGAAGAAAGUAUGGAGGGUGAAAAGGAUGAGGAGGAAGAUGAUUUCCAAACAGAUGAGGACGAUGAGGAGGAGGAAAUGGAGGUGGAGAAGCAGGUGGUGCAGAAGCGCAAAAAGGUUCAAGGCGGCGGUUUUCAGAAGAAAUUCCGAAAUAACAAUUGGAAAUCAGGGCGCAAGAAACAAGGAAAAGUGCGAAAUGGAAAAUAAAAUCCAAAAGCAUAUCUGUACAGUAUUUUUAUAUCUGUCAAUACACAUGCAGGAGUGUCAUUUUGGUGUCUAAGAACUUUGAGCAUCCAUCACCACGGAUGUUUGUGAUUUCUGACAAAGGCUUUCUAUUUUCCAUGUUGUCAUGUUGCACAGUUCCAACGAAGCUGGUUUACAUGACAUGCAAAAAAGGGUUGUGAAAGUUUACACAUCAUUUGGACUGGAUAAGCCCUGAUGUCUGGUUUGCAGUCAAAUGCACCAGUGUAAAAUACAGCUCCAUUUGGAUUUGCAAA